AUGGCACCAAAGCCCCAUAUCAUGGAAGGGUAUAGCAGAGAUCCCACCCUCUCGCCCCCUAGCUUCGGAAACGAAACUGACCAUCUACGUAGAGUUGCCUUGAUCACAGGAUCAGCUUCUGGCAUUGGUCGUGCUGUUGCUCACAUCUUUGUAGAGGAAGGCUGUACUCGCUUGAUCCUAGCUGACCUGGACGAAGGUGGAUUGAGUACUGUUGCGGAAGAAUUAAAGAAAUUGAACCCCGAGGUCAAGACUUGCCUUUGUCUUUGUGACGUUUCUUCCGAGACAGAUGUACAAAAAAUGAUAGAUGACGGCGUCAAGGCAUUCGGAGCCAUUCACUAUGCUGUGAACAAUGCUGGCGUGGCCAGUCAACCCAGGGUAAAGACACAUGAGCUCGAAGUGGAAGCCUGGGAUCGGGUGCAGAAUAUCAAUGGGCGGGGGACCUGGCUGUGCCAGCGAGCCGAGAUCAGGCAAAUGUUGAGCCAGGAACCGAGUCUAUCUAUGAGAACCGGCGCAUCUGCUCAACGAGGAGCAAUCGUCAACUUGUCGUCAAUUUUCGCUUUCGCAACACAGGCUACAAACGGGGCAUAUUCCUCAUCAAAGGCCUCUGUCAAUGGCAUGACCAAAACCGAUGCAAUUACGUAUGCUAAAGAUGGCAUUCGAGUCAACUCAGUCUGCCCAGGAUCAACUUUGACGCCUCUUCUAGAAGUUGGGCUCAAAGCUGGCACCUACUCGCCAAAUAUUGUUGAUGCGAUUCCCUUUGGCCGACUGGGCCGGCCAGAAGAGAUCGCGCAAGGAAUAGUGUUCCUUGCUAGCGAAAGAGCAAGUUUCAUCACUGGGGAGUCCCUCGUCAUUGACGGCGGAUCGUUAUCCUACUACCAUUUCUAG